UAUUUGUCAAGUUCUACUACUGUCAGUGUGGAAACUAAGGAUGACAGAACUCUCCAAAACUGGAUUACCUUGAAUCAAAAAAAGAACCCCAAAAUUAAGAAUUGAUUUAUUAUUUACGACACAAACCCUUGGUAAACUUAUUUUACUUACCCCAGUGUAACACUUCCUAUACUUUAGUGUACACUCUCUCCUACUACCAUUAGACUGCACCAUAGUGCUACUCUUUAUUAGGACUACCCGUAGCAGUUUACUCAAAGUUAAGAAACAUAUAAUGGUUCUUUAUGAACUUUUUUGUAUUACCAGGCCUGCUGUAAAUGCAACUCGCACGUCAGCUCCCGUAUCAGCAAUUAGUGUUGCUAGGAAUUGUGGAAAAGCAGUCUUGGAUAGCAAAGGUGUAGUCGUUGAUAUUGAGUCGAUGGGCCUCAAAGAACUCGCAAAGCCCAUAAAAAAAUUAAAUAAUAGGCACAAUUUUGGAUACUGGUGGACAAUGUCGUUCUACUCGAGCCCUACUGUUCAACAAGAACUCCAGCGUAUACUGCGUUUGGAGCCAACAGUUCUUCGAUAUACCCUUCUCAAAAAAUCCGAUAAAUUAAAUUAUCUUGGUUGACAUUUCCACUAAGUAAACAAUUGCUUGAUGCAGACCAUUGAUAAGUAUUCAAUCCCCUUAACUGUUUAAUAUUCUAGAUAAUACCUUUGAAGGAAUAAAUAGUCAUUCAUGUCGAUAUAUGUUAUAUAGAGAUUUAGAACGAGUAAAUGCUUUAUAGUAUGUGCUUGUUUUAGUUAACCAUAUUUGUUAAACUUGAAAGUGCAUUUGAUUGUUUAGGAUUUCUCUUUGAUGUUUUCAAGUUCGGUUUCACAUUAUACUCAUUUUCGUUGUUUUGAUUUGGUUUCACUUGAUCUAUUCCAGGCAUUAGCACGGGUGGAUUUGCCAUCGGUGUCGACGGAGGUGGUGGAGCAGCCAUAUAUUGUGAAUAUAUGUCAAAUGGAAUCGGUUGCGUAGGUAACUGAACAGCAGGUGAUGUUAGCGUCGGCUCUUGAUUAAACAGAGCAUUCAGUCUUUUCUUUCUUUCCUCUUUCUUUUCCGCAAAGCUAACGAAUAUUCUCUUUUUACCCACAUAUGUGUUGUUUAAAAAAGAUAUAGCUUGCAUCGCUUCGGAUGGAUGAUUGUAAGAAACGAAUCCGUAUCCUUUAGAUAUUCCAGUGUUUGGAUAGCUAGCUAAAACGCAUGAUUUUACCCGACCGAACUGGGAGAAAAACUCCUCGAACUGUUCUGAGUUUCCUACUACAUCAUCAUCGAUAUUUUUGACAAACAAAUUACACGGGUCUAGUGCUGGGGGAGUAUUGUUAUCAACCGCGUUUAAGCCAGUAGGCAUUGGAACAGGAGGUGAAACGAAAGGAGGCGGAGGAGGAAGAGGAAUCAUUGCUACAGGCGGCUCCAUACUUGCAAUGGGUUCAAACGGCAUCAACGGCAGGGGUGCAAGUGUUGACUGGGUCGAUGGAACUACUGUAGGCGGGAUCUGUCUUUGUCUUGGUUGUUUCACAAAAAACUGAAGCUGUGUACCCUUGUAUAAGAAAUUUUUAAAGGAAGCAAUAAUCUGAGAUGGUUAGAAGUGGUCAAAUAGCAUUCGAAAAUGUUUCUAAUAAAAAUUUACCUUUGAGCAAUCUUCAUGAGAGUUGACAGCUAAUUCGGCAUAUAACGUUUGAUCUGGAUUCGGAGUUUGAUUAAUUGCUGCUCCUAAGAUCUUUCCAUAUUGAGAGAAGUCUUCAUAAAGAUCGACGGGUGAAGUUUGUUUUGGGACGUUUAAAAUUCCAAUUACCAUAAUUGGAUUCUCAAGAGCUUCGGAAUGAAACAGUUUAUCUAAAGGUAUGCUUGGAAGAAACUGAUAGUUGUUUAUGAAUGGUGGCUCGAAUGGUGGCUCAGUGUUGGAUUGUAAUGUAUUUAUUUCAUUCUGAGCAAUUGAGCUUCCAUCUGUAAAGUUCGGAAGAUUGAGUGGACUCACUUGCAGCGAAAAUAAAUUAUUUUCGUCGCCGGAAGUAAAGCUUAUGUUUGGUUCGCGUGCUUCUCUUUCUAUGCUAGAAUAAACAGUGCCGCUUCUGUCCUUUUUUAUUAUUUCGUGCUCACCUCCUUGACCUUGGACAUUUUCAUAUUUCAGGUGUUUUCGCGAGUCAUCCUCAACUUGUUUUAAUUGCAUAUCUUUGAGACAUAAGGCAUCCUUAUAUUGAGAAUCUAGUUUUGAUAAGCUUGGAUCCUCUUUCUCUUGUAUUUGAGCGAAUUUACAUAUGGCUGGUUUGGCUGGAUGACGUUUUUCAACGAUACUACAGGGUAUUAGCACAAGCAUGGCAGUUUACUAUCAUUUCACAUACAGUCGAUUUCCCUCGUACAAAGAGCAGUGCAGUGCUUGAACAAUAGCGUCUACACAUGCCUGUGUUUCAACAUAAACAAAUGCAAACAAUGCCGAGCCUUUGAUAUUGACAUUUUUUCUUUUUUUUCGACUCAACACAUGUGCUUCCAUUACAUUUCCUAAAGUAAAAUUAGCUUAGGGAACUUCAGUUGAAUGGGAAAACCUACCGUAUGGUUUGCAAAGGUUGAUGACAUUUAAUGCUUGACAACCAUGUGGUAAAUUACCAAUGUAGAUGGAUAGAUCCCUAUUUUUCUGCUUCUUAAUUGUAUCCUGUGUUCUCUGUUCUUCUUUCAUUGCUAUUAAAUUAGUUGGUUGAUAAAAGCAAAAUUCAAUUCAAUGUAAACAAAUAUUCGGGAUAACGAGGCGUUAUAUCUCGUUAUGUUCAGUAUGGUUUUAUUUAACCUUUGACGUUGUACUGUACAAUUAAAAAAUAACGUAUUAAAAAAGUUUCUAAAAAU